CUGUCCUCUCGCGCGCGGCGCUGGCCCCGGGCGGCGGCGGCGGCGGCGAAGGAGGAGGAGUUGGAGGAGGAAGGCGGCGGUGGCGGCGACGAAAGAAGAGGGGAGGACGGGGGCGGCGUCGGACUGGAGCCGAGCGGCGGCACGAGCUGCCCGGGGCGCUGUCGUGAGCUCGCCCGCAGGGCCCCCACCCCCGAGCUACACCCUGCCGUGCCCAGCUCUGCCCGCGUCCGUGCCCCCGCGGGGAGCGCGCCGGGGCUGCCCCCCGAAUGACGGGCGGAAGGUUCGACUUCGACGAUGGCGGCACCUACUGCGGCGGCUGGGAGGAGGGCAAGGCGCACGGGCAUGGCAUCUGCACGGGGCCCAAGGGCCAGGGCGAGUACUCGGGCUCCUGGUCGCACGGCUUCGAGGUGGUCGGAGGCUACACCUGGCCCAGCGGCAACACCUACCAGGGCUACUGGGCGCAGGGCAAGCGGCACGGGCUGGGGGUGGAGACGAAGGGCAAGUGGAUGUACCGGGGGGAGUGGUCACAUGGCUUCAAGGGGCGCUACGGGGUCCGGCAGAGCCUGUGCACCCCCGCCCGCUACGAGGGGACCUGGAGUAACGGGCUGCAGGACGGGUACGGCGUGGAGACCUACGGGGACGGAGGUACCUACCAAGGCCAGUGGGCCGGCGGCAUGCGGCACGGCUACGGCGUGCGCCAGAGCGUGCCCUACGGCAUGGCCACGGUGAUCCGCUCUCCGCUGCGCACGUCGCUGGCCUCGCUGCGCAGCGAGCAGAGCAAUGGCAGCGUGCUCCACGACGCCGCGGCCGCCGCCGACAGCCCGGCCGGCACCCGCGGCGGCUUCGUGCUCAACUUUCACGCCGACGCCGAGCUCUCUGGCAAGAAGAAGGGCGGCCUCUUCCGCCGGGGCUCCCUCCUGGGAAGCAUGAAACUGCGCAAGUCCGAGUCCAAGUCGUCCAUCUCCAGCAAGCGCAGCUCGGUCCGCAGCGACGCGGCCAUGAGCCGGAUCAGCUCCAGCGACGCCAACUCCACCAUCAGCUUUGGCGACGUCGACUGUGACUUCUGCCCCGUGGAAGAUCACGUGGACGCCACCACCACGGAGACCUACAUGGGCGAGUGGAAGAAUGACAAGCGCACAGGCUUCGGCAUCAGCGAGCGUUCCAACGGUAUGAAGUACGAAGGCGAGUGGGCAAAUAACAAGAGGCACGGCUACGGCUGCACUGUCUUUCCUGACGGCUCCAAGGAAGAGGGAAAAUACAAAAAUAAUAUUCUGGUCCGUGGAAUAAGGAAGCAGCUGAUACCAAUAAGAAAUACAAAAACUAGGGAGAAGGUGGACAGAGCGAUCGAAGGCGCACAACGGGCAGCCGCCAUGGCAAGAACCAAAGUGGAAAUAGCAAACUCCAGGACCGCCCACGCGAGAGCCAAAGCCGACGCCGCAGACCAGGCCGCGCUGGCCGCCCGCCAGGAGUGUGACAUCGCGAGAGCUGUGGCCCGAGAGCUGUCGCCUGACUUCUACCAGCCAGGCCCAGAUUACAUCAAACAAAGAUUUCAGGAAGGUGUAGAUGCUAAAGAAAAUCCCGAAGACAAGGUCCCGGAAAAGCCCCCCACACCAAAGGAAUCGCCUCACUUCUACCGCAAAGGCACCACACCCCCAGAGUCUCCUGAGCCAAGUCCCAGACAAGGCCGCUCUCCCUCCCCAAAGCCCGCAAGGAAGCAGAACCCCAGUUCAGGGGCAAGACUCAACCAGGACAAACGCAGCGCGGCUGAGGAGAAGGUGACGGCUGCCGUCAACAAGCCCUUGACCUCCAAGGCCCCCCCAAAGGAGGUGGGGGCGGUCGUGCCCUCCUCCAAGUACUCUGGCCGCCACCACAUCCCCAACCCCAGUAACGGGGAGCUGCACUCUCAGUACCACGGCUACUACGUGAAACUGAACGCCCCCCAGCACCCUCCGGAGGACACGGAGGAGGAGGGGUUGAGCCAGUCUUCCUCGGCACUGGUGCACAAGCCGUCACCCAACAAGUGGAGUCCCCCUAAAUCUGUGACAAAACCAGUUGCCAAAGAAAGCAAAGCUGAGCCAAAAGCUAAGAAGUCUGAACUUGCUAUACCAAAGAACCCAGCAAGCAGCGAUGUGCUCCCUGCUUUGGAAAAAGAAGCCAAUUCAGGCCCUAAUUCAAUCAUGAUCAUCCUCGUCAUGCUGUUGAAUAUCGGGUUGGCCAUUCUUUUUGUUCACUUUCUAACUUGAUUGGAAUUAGGAAAGUCAUGACAACUAGUGGUGUGAGCCCACGGUCCUCUGCAGUGGUGUCAUCAGCCCUUUAAAUGGCACACUCCAGGCAGACUCAGACACAGGGAAGGAGGCUUGGAAUUAGGAUGGGCUCACGAGAGAGAGAGAGAGAGAGAGAAAGAUGGAAAAUUCAACCGGAGGACCUGUCCAGUCCCCCUGGGAAGGCGUUGUGGCUGUGGGGUCCUCUGGGAGCUGAAGCAGGCAACCAUGUUGGAGAGCAAAACUUAAUAAUCAUUCUUUCUUAACAUCUGCUGAAGCAGCCCCAUCCGGCGAAGUUCUUGGCAUUGGCUACUCCAUCUGUCCUAGCAGAGUGUGACUAAACUGGAGAUGUAUGGAGCUGCUUUUUUUUUUUUUUCUGAUGGAAGUCAACAGCUGCCUUACUAUUUUACCAUCUGACGUUGCUAGUAGGGAGCUGGGGAAACAAACGACCGCCCUAGGAAUGCGGUCAGAGGAUUGUGUUGCUGCGGCCAUGGUUCCAACAUUCACUCCUGUCUCAGUAGAGGAAGUAGGCAGCAGCAUCACUCACCAGUCUUAUGCCACGACCUGCUGCUUUCUCAUCUCCUGGAACAUCCCGGGAGAGAAGGUUUUGUCGGCUUGUGCACGGUUCUGUUCAUUUCUGCUGUUUACUUAAAUCUGAUGUGUGGUCACCUGCAGCGUGCGGUCCUGGCCGGAGGAAGCACACGUGUCACAUCUCGAGGAAAAGAAAACAACAGAAUUCUAGAGAAGAUGUGUUUAUUUUGAUAGCAAUACAUCAUUCUUCAUGUCAUUUUUAGUCUUCCUAAACCUGUAAAAGGCUAUUUAAAAUUUAGCAAUUUGAAGGCAUUAUACCUAAGAAAUCACUUAAACAUUUUUAAAGCUACUGAGAUGAAUUUAUUUAUGCACUUCGGAGGUGCUAAAUUUUAAAAGCUGAAAGACAACAGAAGUCUAAGAAGUGUAGUCAAAAUGUUGCAUGGGUUGCAGUAAUCAGUGUUUUAAGGAUUCAGUUUCAUUGCUGACGUACUUUACCAACCAAAUAAAAUCUUGUCAGUGGCUAUGUUAAUUCCCAUGAAAGUUAAGCAAGAUGCUAUUAAUAACUACUCUUUUUUUUUUUUUCCCCAACUUACAAAUUUUCGUUGAAUACAUUCAGGUAGAGCAUAAAGCUUCGUUCAAUCAGUGCUUCUCAAUUUUAUGCCUUUCAUGUUUUUCAUAGUCCUUUUGUAAUUUUAUUUCACUCUUUAAAGGCGUAGACAAUUUUUAAGUAUCUGUCUUUUGCAGUCCUUUGUUAUUCUGACAUAAACUGAUUUUUUUUGCUGUUUUAUAAUUUAUUCUUUAUUACUCAGAAGCAUGCUUAUUUAGAGAAACUAUGUGGGCUUUAUAUAAUUAUUUAAAAAGAAAAUCAGGAGAGGAAAGUUGUCCAUUUAAUCUUGGUAAAACAUUGAGGAGAGGGAGCUAUUCCUAAGUAUUUUCAUGAUCUGCAUGGUUUAAUCAGAUUCUUCUUACCUUAUUUGCUACCAUUUCGAUACAGAAGAGAGAAGUCAUAUGUUAGCACAGAUGUGGAGUGAAUGUCACCUGCAGGGUAGUAACCCAGUGGUGUUUUUUGCAGAAGUACAAUAUGUUGAAACUCCUGGGUGUGACCAAUAUGGAAUAAAGAAGAAAGCAGAAAGAGAGCAAAUGAAAAUUACAUCUUGUAUAUUUAUUUUUUACAUUUUCCUUUGACUUUUAAAUCUAGGAAGUACGUUUUUACCCAAGAAACGUUUCAGUUCCUGUGUCGAUCUCCAUACUCUCACUGCUCCUUCCUAACCCCAUAGCUCUUGAUGCUGGGAAAGCUGAUUUUUUUUUUUAAUGAAAUAAAAUAUUUAAUCUUAAGUGUUUAUUUCAAAUGUGUAAUGCUUUGGAAGUAAUGGGUAACAGAUAAUAAAGGAUAUGUUUAUAAAGUGAGCAUGUUGGUUCCAUUUAUAAAUAUAUGUAUGAUUUAUAAGCUUUUUUAAAACAAAGCUCAAAUUGUUGGUAUUUUUCUAAAAUGUGCACAGCUGUAUUUUACAUGAAAGGCUCUUUCUAAUGGGUUGUUAUACUGUACUCUACAUUUUGGACAGCACAUGAAGUCUGCCAAUGUACUUAAUAAAACAUGACUUUGUUUAUUUAAAGUUUCUUGCUGUGAAAAAGAACUCCCUACCUGCGAGUUCCGUUAUUUAUAAUCCUUGAAACCAAAAUGUAUAAUGUACAGUUUUCACAACUGUAUCUGCUCUAAUAAAAAGUUGGUUAUUAAUAAAGUUGCAGGUGUGUUUCCUUUAAGAGUAAAUUACUGUCUUGAGUUAUGUGGAAUUUUUUGAUGGUGUUGAAAGAAAAAUCUGCUGAAAAAUUAAUAAUAGAAAUGGGGGGCACGCAGCACAGUGCUCAAAGAAUCCGCCUAGCAGAAGGUCACAGUGCUGCACCAUAAUUUUUUUCUAUGUUUCUUUCACCUUGGGCCUUUCAAGUAAUUUUGCAAAAUAAAAUUCUUGGCUCUGC